AUGGUGUCCAUAUCUUUAUUUGUAACAUUAUUUUAUGUUUUGGAUAUGUAUUUCUUUAUUAUACCAUAUUCUAAUGGAGGUAUUAAAUAUUUUGAUAAUUUCAACAAAACCUGGCCAUUUAUUCAAUAUAAAAUGGAUAAGUUAAAUGUAUUGUCACUUUUACCUAUGGCUUUAGUUGAGAUAUCUGCUUAUUUAAUAUUAUUCUUUUGUGGAUUUAAAAUGGUUAGAUAUGUCAAUUUAAAUACUAAUUUGAAUGAAAAUUUAAAGAGAUUGAAUAAACUUUUAACAAAAGUUUUGAUUAUUUUGGUAAGAUUUUUUGGCAUACAAAUUAGGGUUGUUUACUAUUAA